AUGGCCCCUCCAGCGAAGAAACGCAAAGUCAACAACGACUUUAAGUCAUCGCCUGCGAGCUCACGAAACCUUGACUUCUUCUUUGGAAAGCAGAAAGAAGGUCCUGUCGUACCUAAAGCCGAGACCGCAUGCCAGAAGCCCGAGGAGCAAGGCAACUCAUCAAACUUGACAGAUGAACAGUUGGCCAGGAAAUUGCAGGCAGAAUGGGACCAGGAAGAAGCCGCAGGUAGACGAAUACCCAAAGAACAGAGUGAGAAUGGCAAAGAAAUUGGAAUGGAAGAUGUGCCGGGCAACUAUACAGAGAGAGCAGAGACAUCAGGGCUUGGAGGACAGGAUGAAGCCACCCCCGACCAAACGGACGAAACAAAGUCUGUGGAGGAAGAAGCCAAGCUCGAAGAUCACUCUACAAGGGCCAAACCUGUGAAUCAUCUCUUGAUGCCGAAAGGCAAGAAUACACUGUCUCUACAGGCAGCCGGGUCAGCCGAGGAUACCAUUUCCUCGAAUAUACCAUUCGACGAAAGUCCUCUGACAUUCGACCCUUCAAAAUACGUUGCGGAAUUGCAAGGGCAUUGGGCAGCAGAGGGAGGAGAUGCUUCUUAUGCUUUGCUUACGAGAUGUUUUGUGUUGGUUAAUAGUACUCAGAGUCGAAUCAGGAUUGUAGAUACGCUUGUGAACCUUCUGAGAGUGAUUAUUGAGGGUGAUCCAAGUAGUCUUCUUCCUACUGUCUGGCUCAGUACAAAUGCCAUAUCACCACCCUACAUAUCUCUAGAACUCGGGCUCGGUGGUUCCGCUAUAUCCAAAGCCCUCAAGAAUGUGUGUGGUCUAGACAGCAGAUCGCUUAAAGCUCUAUAUGAUAAAGUUGGCGACGCUGGCGAUGUGGCAUUCGAAGCAAAGAAGCGGCAAAGUUUCACACUUCGAAAGCCGAAACCCCUGACCAUUAAAGGAGUCUACCAAUCCCUCGUCAAGAUUGCAAAGACUCAGGGCACCGGGAGUGGCGAGAUCAAGCAGCGGGUGGUUGACCGAUUGUUGCAAGAUGCUAGAGGCGCAGAAGAGAGCCGAUAUGUCGUUCGGACUCUCUGUCAACAUCUUCGCAUCGGUGCCGUCAAAACCACAAUGUUAAUAGCGCUCUCGCGAGCAUUACUUCUCUCGCGACCAUCAGGAGCAGACUUCCCUCUCAAAUCUCCAGCCGAGCUCGCCAGACUCAAGAAGGAAGAAUUGGCAGUCGUCUGGUCCAAUGCAGAAGAAAUAGUAAAAGCCUGCUUUGCCAGACGACCAAAUUACAACGACUUGAUACCCGUCCUCCUUGAGAUUGGCGUCUGCGAAGAGCUACUGAUCAGAUGUGGACUUGCCCUACACAUCCCUCUCCGCCCAAUGCUAGGAAGCAUCACGCGAGAUCUCUCCGAGAUGCUCACGAAACUUCAAGGACGAGAUUUCAGCUGCGAGUACAAGUACGACGGUCAGCGAGCCCAAGUCCACUGCGAUGACCAAGGCAGGGUCUCCAUCUUCUCUCGGCACCUCGAGCUCAUGACAGACAAAUAUCCCGACCUCGUCGCCCUCAUCCCCGAGAUCCGCGGCGAAGACGUCUCAAGCUUCAUCAUGGAGGGAGAAGUUGUAGCCGUAGACCCCGAAUCCGGCGACCUCAAGACCUUCCAGACCCUAGCCAACCGCGCACGUAAAGACGUCGCCAUUGGCAGCGUCAGGGUCAACGUCUGUCUCUUCUCCUUCGACCUCAUGUAUCUCAACGGCGAAUCCCUCCUCGACCGCCCCUUCCGCGAACGACGAGAACUCCUCCGAGGCCUCUUCACCGAAAUCCCCAACCAGUUCACGUGGGUGCGAUCCAUCGACGCCACGUCCCAAGACUCCGAAGCCGUUCUCGAGUUCUUCAAGAGCGCCACGGACGUGAAAUGCGAAGGCAUCAUGGUCAAGAUCCUCGACAACCUCCCCGAUGCCAAUAUCCCAGAACCAUCAUCCCUCACGGCAGUCCCAGUCCCAGUCCCAGUCCCAGUCCCAGAAGAAGCUGCCCCGAAGCCCGUGAGAGGCAAGAAGAACGCAGCAGCCAGCGAGGAGAAAGCCGAGAAGAAGACCCGCCGCAAGGCCCUGCUCGCCACCUACGAGCCGGACAAGCGCCUCGACUCCUGGCUCAAGGUCAAGAAGGACUACAGCACCACCUUCGACACGCUGGACCUCAUCCCCGUCGCCGCGUGGCACGGCCAGGGCCGGAAAUCGAAAUGGUGGUCCCCGAUCCUCCUGGCCGUGCGGAACGAGGAGACGGGCAGUCUGGAGGCCGUGUGCAAAUGCAUCAGCGGCUUCACCGACGCCUUCUACAGAGCGAACCGGGCCUUCUACGACGAGGCCGGGGAGAAUGUGGUGGUGGGUGGGAAGCCGAGUUACCUUGAGUACGAGGGCGGACACCCGGAUGUGUGGUUCGAGCCGAAGGAGGUCUGGGAGAUGGCUUUCGCUGACAUCACGAUCAGUCCGACCUAUACCGCGGCGAUCGGCCUCGUGAGCGACGAGAAGGGCCUGAGUCUCCGCUUCCCCCGCUUUCUGAGGAAGAGAGAGGAUAAGAGUAUCGACGAAGCGAGCACAAGCGAGUUUCUCGCCGGGCUCUGGAGGAAGCAGGAGGAGAGGGCGCCGGUCGCUGCUAAGGAGGGACGGGGGCACGGUGGGGAAGACGGGGACGAGGACGGGGAGUGA